CUCAUCCGCGGCAGAGAACAAGAACACAAACGCAGCAGCGGCGAGCGGCUGCGAAGGAUGCCGACCCCGCCGCGGGGACAACCGCCAGGCGAGAUGGUCCCCCUUUGCUGUUUCCUCGCCGCGUCUACCUCCACAACACCCCAGCACUCAUGAAGCCCCCGUCGAUGAAGCCAAAACGGGCCAAAGAAAGGCGGAAAGAGGCCAAGGACAGAGAGGAUGUUCUGGCGCGUCGGGUUUGCCUGGACGCGGCCGUGUGUGGUUGAUCUCGGCCGGAACCAGAGUUUCUCAUUCGGUCUUUGCGGCUCCGAUGAGAACGUCUCGUUCUACGGGUACAUCGUCGCCUAUCCACUGCAGGACUACGGCGGGAUCAUGUCAGCUUUGGGCUCGGACUCAUGGUGGCGGAAAACGCUGUAUAUAACCGGGGGGGCUCUGCUUGCUGCCGCUGCCUAUCUACUGCACGAGCUGCUAGCCAUCAGGAAGGAGCAGGAGCUGGACUCUAAGGAUGCCAUCAUCCUGCACCAGUUCUCCCGGCCUCAGACUGGUGCCCCCUCUCUCUCGCCCGCCUGCCUCAAGAUGGAGACCUACCUGCGCAUGGUCGACCUGCCCUACCAGAACUACUUUGAUGGGAAGCUGUCCCCACAGGGUAAAAUGCCCUGGAUAGAGUACAACAGGCAGCAGGUUUGUGGGACAGAGUUCAUCAUCGACUUCCUGGAGGCCAAGCUGGGCGUGAGCCUGAACAGCAGGCUGAACCCCCAGGAGAGGGCGCUGUCGCGUGCCAUCAUCAAGAUGGUUGAGGAGCACUUCUACUGGACCAUGGCGUACUGCCAGUGGGUGGACCGUCUGGAAGACACCCAGAGGCUGCUGGCGCUGAGCGGCCCACUGAGCGACUCCCUCCGCUGGAUCUUCGCUCACCUGACAAGCGGCAUCGUCAGGAGAGAGAUGUACGGACACGGGAUUGGUCGCUUCUCCAAGGAGGAAGUGUACGCUCUGAUGGAAAAGGACAUGCGUACUCUGGCGACCCUGCUAGGUGAUAAGAGGUACCUGAUGGGCUCCCAGCUGACCACGGUCGAUGCUGCAGUGUUCAGCCAUCUGGCCCCUGCUAUGUGGACGCUGCCCGGCUCACGACCAGAGCAGCUCAUCAAAGGUGAACUGAUCAACCUGGCCAUGUACUGUGAGAGGAUUCGCCGGCGCUUCUGGCCUGAGUGGUUUGUGGACCUGGAGGACUUCUGCUACGGCGACAGCAGCGAGGACAGCGGGCAGCCAGACCUGGGACUCUACUCUCACACAGAUACCUUCCAGGAGACCCCCCACACACACAUGCCGGCUGAGCCCUUGUCCCCACACACACACAAACACACUCCGGCUGAGCCCCUCUCCCCAGACAGCGACCGGACGGGCCAGUCGCUCUACGACUCUGACAUGGACACGGAGUGUUCCGAGAUAGAACAGUUCAAGUGUUGAUGUUGCUCGGCAACACACACAUCUUUCUCUGCAGAUGCCCCAGGGGAGGACAGUCCCCCUGCCCCAGGGAGGACAGGUCCCCUAACCCAGGGGAGGACUGGGGGGUUUCAGCACCAGGAACUCUUCGCUGCCUGUGUGACUCGAGACGUUGACUGGAGAUUUUGCACAAUAAAGUAGAGAAAGUGAGAGAUAGCUCAAGAGAAGGAGGGAUAAAGUGAGAAUAGGGAUUGAGGAGAGAUGGAGGGAUGGAGAGAUGAAGGAGAGAUAGUGGAGAUGGAGAAAGAUCCUAGGAAAAGAGAGGAGGAAAGAAAGAGAGAAGAGAAUGAUAGAAGGAAAUACCAGGAUUCUAUGACGCCAUAGCCGAGAAACUCCUCCCCUGGCCAUCCCUGCUUCCUGCCGUCACUGCGGCAACCAUGUAUGUGUAGUACCUGUGUCCCCUAAUUGAGCCACACACCCCAAGUGUGUGUGUGUGUGUUUGACUAACAACAACUUGAUCUGUGCCCUUCUUAAAUUGCAUCGCUAGUAUAUUAUAAAGUAUGUUGAUACUUAGGGAACUGUAUAAAAAACGAACAGUUCAACAUAAAUACAUCAGAUCUUGAAUCAAAAACAGAAUAUUUGAUUUAAUAUGAUGACUAUAAAUAGUAUAGAUAGCUUGCAGAUAAAUAAUAGAUAUAUAAAUAUAAUGUAUAUGAUUUCCAAUGUCAUAUAUUGUAAAUAAGUGGUUGUCCUGUAGGAUUCCUCCCUGCUCGUUUUACCUUGUGGGUGGUCUUUGACCCCUGCAGUCUCCAUGGCAAUCUUAAUCCCUAACUGCACCGGUGUGUCCCUGCUAGCUGCAGCAUGCGUGGAGGCCCACCCUGCACCGGUGU